AUGGCGUUCAGCCGGCUGAUCGAGGGGGGAGAACGGGGUUAUGACAGCGACGAUUUCAGCCCAGAACAGCUGGAGUUUCCCCGGCAGAGAAGUCCGGCUUCAGUGCAGGCAGGAGGAAGAGGAAGACGAGGAAGAAGAAGAAGAGGAGGAGGUGGUGGUGGAGGAGGAGGAGGAGGAGGAUGUGUGUCGGCGCAGGGCACUCCCCUGCGCUCCUCUCUGUUAGCGACUGGAUGCGGGAUGCGCAGGGCGGAGAAACAGGAGCCGCUCCCUCCCUCCUUCCCUUCCUGCUGCUGCUGCUUUGACAGUCAAACCAGGUCGGAGACAGAAGGACGCACCUGUAUGGAAAUCCAGGAGGGGGGAUGGAAACACGCAAAUUAG